AACACGAGGCCACCUUUGGAACCGAAGCACACACACACUCUCUCUGCAAGCAGGUAGAGUGUGACAGCAUCACAGUUUGUCAGAGAGGGGAUAGAGAGCAGACAGACAGCCUGAGGCUCCUUGGUUUGGACAGAGAGUGGACAGAGAGCAGACAGACAGCCUGAGACUGCUUGGUUUGGACAGAGAGUGGAUAGAGAGCAGACAGACAGCCUGAGACUGCUUGGUUUGGACAGAGAGUGGAUAGAGAGCAGACAGACAGCCUGAGACUGCUUGGUUUGGACAGAGAGCAGACAGACAGCCUGAGGCUCCUUGGUUUGGACAGAGAGCAGACAGACAGCCUGAGACUGCUUGGUUUGGACAGAGAGCAGACAGACAGCCUGAGGCUCCUUGGUUUGGACAGACAGCCUCACUCCUCACUGCUCCAGACAGGCACCACAUCUGAUUGGAUGGUUUAGUCAGAAUGACAGCCGAAGAUCCCGCCUCCUCCUCUUCAGCCAUGAGUAAUAACCCAGCGCCUUCCGGUUCCAACCCCCCAGGCCCCUCCCAUCACUCCCCGCAUGGACCAAUCACAGUGCCCGAGGGUGUGUCCGGGGCCCACAACGAAGCGGCCCUCGUGUCUCUGAUGGAGCGUACGGGCUACGGCAUGGUGCAGGAGAACGGUCAGAGGAAGUACGGCCCCCCGCCGGGCUGGGAUUCCGCCUCCCCGCCACGCGGCUGUGAGAUCUUCGUGGGGAAGAUCCCCCGGGACGUCUACGAAGACGAGCUGGUCCCGGUGUUCGAGUCGGUGGGUCAGAUCUACGAGAUGCGUCUGAUGAUGGACUUCGACGGGAAGAACCGCGGCUACGCCUUCGUCAUGUACACGCAGAAACACCAGGCGAAACGCGCCGUCCGGGAGCUCAACAACUACGAGGUGCGUCCCGGCCGCCUCCUCGGGGUGUGCUGCUCCGUGGACAACUGCCGCCUCUUCAUCGGGGGCAUCCCCAAAACCAAGAAGAGAGAGGAGAUCCUGGAGGAGGUGUCCAAGGUGACGGAGGGCGUUCUGGACGUUAUAGUGUACGCCAGCGCAGCGGACAAGAUGAAGAACCGGGGAUUCGCCUUCGUGGAGUAUGAGAGUCACCGUGCAGCGGCCAUGGCACGCAGGAAGCUGAUGCCCGGCAGGAUCCAGCUGUGGGGGCACCAGAUCGCAGUGGACUGGGCGGAACCGGAGAUAGACGUGGACGAGGACGUCAUGGAGACCGUGAAGAUUCUAUACGUCAGGAACCUGAUGAUGGAGACCAGCGAGGACACACUACGACAGGUGUUUGGCCAGUGGAACCAGGGCUGCGUGGAACGUGUCAAGAAGAUCCGCGACUACGCCUUCGUCCACUUCUCGUCCCGUGACGAUGCGGUGGUUGCCAUGGACCACCUGAACGGCGCGGAGGUGGAAGGGUCCUGUAUCGAGGUCACCCUGGCUAAGCCCGUCGAUAAAGAGCAGUACACGCGUUACCAGAAGGCGUCUAAAGGGGGCGCUACAGCGGCCGUGGCCGUGGCGGCUCCGGAACCAGUCCAGCAGAACUAUGUGUAUCAGUGUGACCCCUACACGCUCGCCUACUACGGGUACCCUUACAGCACACUGAUCGGACCCAACAGAGACUACUUCAUUAAAGGUUAGACUCCUUUCCUUCUGGUUCUCUUUGGCAGCGUUUACACAGACAGUCCAAAUCUGAUCUUGUUUUUUUUUUUUUUUCUUCUCACCAAUUUCUUUCUUUAUUUUUUUAACCAAUCAGAUCAGUUCUUUAGCUCGAUACUUGGGCGGCCUGUAUAAACGCAGACUUUUUGCACUAUAGACGAAGCUCGGAGCUUCGGUCCAUCUGUUUCUGCUACUUUGUUGUGGUCGUCGUCACACUAGUAUGAAUGGACAUAAUUAUUAGCAGAGAACCCGGUUUAACGACACAAAGAUCUGUAGAUAGAUGGGUGAGCUGUUGUAAAUGUAACCAAUAGUGACUCCACCUCAUCAAUACAUGUGAUUAGCAGAUGAUCGUGAUCAAUAUGAUGAUAUUGAUGAAUCAGAUUAAUAGGAAAAAAAAGGGCUGUGCUUUAAAUGAUUAUUGAUCUCCCUCCCCUGAAGAGUGGUCUGGUUCUAAAUGAUUAUUGAUCUCCCUCCCCUGAAGAGUGGUCUGGUUUUAAAUGAUUAUUGAUCUCCCUCCCCUGAAGAGUGGUCUGGUUUUAAAUGAUUAUUGAUCUCCCUCCCCUGAAGAGUGGACUGUGUUCUAAAUGAUUAUUGAUCAGCAUCUAUAACUGUUAGGGCGGUAAAAGGGACGCUCCGCAAUAUGACAUCAUAGGAUACCAGACUUCCUGCUUAGCGACUACCGAGAACGACAAUAUUCCCAAGAUGGCCACUGUUGGGUCUUCCUAGUUUCUUCCCUCCUUUGAGGCAUAUAGAGUACCACAGUAUGAGUCAGGCUACCCAUAAAAAUCUGCGG